AUGGACCAACUUAUUGUCUUUAAAGAUGGACAGCCUGCUGAUCAAAGAGUUCAGCAACGGAGAUCAGGGGUUCACAGUGAUCAGUCUGCAGAGCAGCAUCAACCAAACCUGGAUUACAUAUUUAUGCUGCUGGAGGAGAAUAUACUCACGUUUGCAAAGAAUGAACUGAAGAAGAUCCAGAGGUUCCUGAGACAAGAUUACCCAGAAUGCUUAGAGAGUCAGAGGGAGUAUGAAGAGAUGUUGGACAGUGAGGAUGAAGAGCAGAGGAGGAGCAGCAGAGAGUCAUUUCUGCUGAUCACAGUGAACUUCCUAAGGAGAAUGAAGCAGGAGGAGCUGGUUGAGCGUCUGCAGAGCACAAUUGAUGCUGGAGUGUGUGGACGUAAACUGAAGUCUAAUCUACAGCAGAAGUUCCAGUGUGUGUUUGAGGGGAUUGCUAAAGCAGGAAGCCCAACCCUUCUGAAUCAGAUCUACACAGAGCUCUACAUCACAGAGGGUGAGACUGGAGAGGUCAAUGAUGAACAUGAGGUCAGACAGAUUGAAACAGCAUCCAAACAGAAACCAGUCAGACCAGAAACAGCCAUCAGACAGGAAGACAUCUUUAAACCCCCACCUGGAAGAGAUGGACCAAUCAGAACAGUGAUGACAAAGGGAGUGGCUGGCAUUGGGAAAACAGUCUUAACACAGAAGUUCACCCUGGACUGGGCUGAAGACAAAGCCAACCAGGACAUCCAGUUCACAUUUCCAUUCACUUUCAGAGAGCUGAAUGUGCUGAGAGAGAAAAAGUACAGUUUGGUGGAACUUGUUCAUCACUUCUUUACUGAGACCAAAGAAAUCUGCAGGUUUGAAGAGCUCCAGGUUGUGUUCAUCUUUGACGGUCUGGACGAGUGUCGACUUCCUCUGGACUUCCACAAGGCUGAGAUCCUGACUGAUGUCAAAGAGUCCACCUCAGUGGAUGUGCUGCUGAUAAAUCUGAUCAGGGGGAACCUGCUUCCGUCUGCUCACCUCUGGAUAACCACACGACCUGCAGCAGCCAGUCAGAUCCCUUCUGAGUAUGUUGACAUAGUGACAGAGGUCAGAGGGUUCACUGACCCCCAGAAGGAUGAGUACUUCAGGAAGAGGUUCAGAGAUGAGGAGCAGGCCAGCAGGAUCAGUUCCCACAUCAAGAGCUCCCGAAGCCUCCACAUCAUGUGCCACAUUCCAGUCUUCUGCUGGAUCACUGCUACAGUUCUGGAGGAUGUGUUGGAAACCAGAGAGGAAGAAGAGCUGCCCAAGACCUUGACUGAGAUGUACAUCCACUUCCUGGUUGUUCAGUCCAAACUGAAGAAGGUCAAGUAUGAUGGAGGAGCUGGGACAGAUCCACACUGGAGUCCAGACAGCAGGAAGAUGAUUGAGUCUUUGGGAAAACUGGCUUUUGAGCAGCUGCAGAAGGGCAACCUGAUCUUCUAUGAGUCAGACCUGACAGAGUGUGGUAUUAAUAUCAGAGCAGCCUCUGUGUACUCAGGAGUGUUCACACAGAUCUUUAAAGAAGAGAGAGGACUGUACCAGGACCGGGUGUUUUGCUUCGUCCAUCUGAGCGUUCAGGAGUUUCUGGCUGCUCUUCAUGUCCAUCUGACCUUCAUCAACUCUGGUGUCAAUCUGCUGGCAGAAGAACAAACAACAUCCAUGUGGUCUAAACUGUUUGUGGACAAACCUGAACCUAAACAUCUCUACCACAGAGCUGUGGACAAGGCCUUACAGAGUCCAAAUGGACACCUGGACUUGUUCCUCCGCUUCCUCCUGGGUCUUUCACUGCGGACCAAUCAGACUCUCCUACGAGGCCUGCUGACACAGACAGGAAGUGGCUCACAGACCAAUCAGGAAACAGUCGAGUACAUCAAGAAGAAGAUCAGUGAGAAUCAGUCUCCAGAGAGAAGCAUCAACCUGUUCCACUGUCUGAAUGAACUAAAUGAUCGGUCGCUAGUGGAGCAGAUCCAACAGUCCCUAAAAUCAGGAAGUGUGUCCACAGGUGAACUGUCUCCUGCUCAAUUAUCAGCUCUGAGCUUCAUCUUACUGUCAUCAGAAAAAGAUUUGGAUGUGUUUGACCUUAAGAAAUACUCAGCUUCAGAGGAGGCUCUUCUGAGGCUGCUGCCGGUCAUCAAAGCCUCCAACAAAGCUCUGCUAUGUGGUUGCAACCUCUCAAAGAGAAGCUGUGAAGCUCUGUCCUCAGUUCUCAGCUCCCAGUCCUCUAGUCUGAGACACCUGGACCUGAGUAACAACGACCUACAGGAUUCAGGGGUGAAGCUGUUGUCUGCUGGACUGGAGAGUCCACAUUGUAAACUGGAAACGCUCAGGCUAUCAGGCUGUCUGGUCACAGAUGAAGGAUGUGCUUCUCUGGCCUCAGCUCUGAGAUCCAACCCUUCCCAUCUGAGAGAACUGGACCUGAGCUACAAUCAUCCGGGAGACUCAGGAGUGAAGCUGCUGUUGGCCGGACUGGAGGAUCCACACUGGAGACUGGGCUCUAUCAAGGUGGACCAUGGAGGCCUGCAGUGGAUGAAACCUGGUCUGAGGAAGUAUUUCUGUGAACUGGAGCUGGACACAAACACAGUGAACAGAAACCUACAACUGUCUGACAACAACAGGAAGGUGACAUGGGUCAAAGAGGAUCAGUUGUAUCCUGAUCAUCCAGACAGAUUUGACUACUGGCCUCAGCUGCUGUGUAGAACUGGUCUGACUGGUCGCUCUUACUGGGAGGUCGAGUUGGGAGGAGUGGUCUCUAUAUCAGUGAGUUAUAGAGGAAUCAGAAGGAGAGGAGACAGUGAUGACUAUUUGUUUGGAUGGAAUGAUCAGUCCUGGAGUCUGUUCUGCUCCGAUGGUGGUUACUCUGUCUGUCACAAUAACAGAGGAACAACCAUUCCCUCCUCCUCCGGGGGCUCUAACAGAGUAGCAGUGUAUGUGGACUGUCCUGCUGGCACGCUGUCCUUCUACAGAGUCUUCUCCAACACACUGAUCCACCUCCACACCUUCAACACCACAUUCACUGAACUUCUUUAUCCUGGGUUCUGGAUCAGGCCUGGUUCCUCAGUGUCUCUGUGUGGUGUGUAGGUGUGAGAGUCUCCUGUGGCCAGAAACUCUGACUGAAGAUCAGCUGCUGAGGUCAAAGGUCACCGGGUUUACCAUCAUAUUCUCUGCACUGUGAAGCAGAUCUGUCUCAGACUCAUUUAAUCAUUUUGAUCAUCAACAUUUGCACAGUUUAGUGAAAUGAUUUCAGUUCUGUAUGAUCAUUUUUAUUUCAGUUCAUUCUGCUGUUGCUACUGUCAGGAUCCCUUGAGCAGCAUCCAGCUCUGAUCAGCUUUUAAUAGAAUCAAAUCUUUGUUAAACAUCUGUCCAACGGCCAACUAGCACGAACAUUCUGCACCUGCGUAAGAGGAACAACUCUCCCUACCAGCAGAUGGCAGUACCUGUAUCCGCCAUUCAGAAAAGGAUAGAAGAAAAGCUAGAGUGUGGAUAUACAAGCUGUAAACAAAGCAGCUGUCAUUCAGCACAGCUGCUGUUUAUUCCUGAUUCUAAUCAGAAUAAGUUUGAUGGCACUGCCGCUCUCUGCCCUUGGCCUUUUGGUUGUGGGAGAAGAAAGGAAGUCUUGGAGGUGAAAAACAAAAAGAACCACACUAAAUGGGUGAAAUCAUGGAUACUACAGUGACAGGCUGAAGGGGUUUCCUGAAUCUUUUUCUUCUCUUGCACUGAUUUGCUUGGCUGAACAGUCAAUCAGAGUGGUCUUUUGUCUGCUACUGAGUCAACAUGCUGAAUUGGCCAAAAAGCCACCAACAGAGUCUGACUAGUGCCAACUGUGCGGGGACACAAAGACGAGGGCAGCAGACACUCAUGGAUGGCCCAACAGCGGCGUGCGUGGUGGAAUUUCUUCUGUACUUUUCUAAUUCUAUGAAAACUGAACCCAUUAACUUUAACUUUACUACAAUACAAGUGGUAGGGCACCACAACCCUACAAAGUACACACACCAUGAUGAGAAAGAACUGAGACAGAGAUUGUGAACGGGUCAUUUCGCCCAGAUUUAUUAAUGUAACAAAUGCAGGUUACAUGAAUAAACUGAGCUGAGGAACAACUGAAGACAAAGACAAGCGCAGGCAUUAAAUGCCUUCUGGAACAGGAUGAACUGAGCUAUCCUGUCUAGACCAUUGAAACAAACAGUCCUGGUCUCUAAACACUUGCACAUGCCUGCAUCCUGACUGAGAUGUGAUCUUACACAUACAGUAGGCAAUGACAGUUCAGUAACACAAGGGCCAUGAUGACCAAAUUAAAAUAAACAUGAGCAUCCCAGGACUAUAGCAGGAUGUAACCCUACAUAGUUCCAUUAGAUCAUUUAUAACUUUUAGUGCUGACAUGACCUCAGCAUCAAAUCCUACUCUUCCCACCUGUCUGCCUGUGUUCUGUUAAUCAUGACAUGUGCAGGGUGAACUGAACACAUACUCAAAACACACAGUCUAGUGGAGAAAUACUAAACAUGACACGUGAACAUAAUCAUAUACUGAAUAUAAUGACAGCAAUUAAUGAUUAUGGGCAUAGAAAUGACAAUAAUGUAAUCUGACUCUAUUCAACAGAAAACCAGAACUCUAUAGUUUAUUGACAUCCUAAUGUGCCGGACAAAGCACCCAUUGACUUCAGGGUGAGGGAACAAGAAAUGCCAAAAUGCUGACUCAGUUCUGGGUUUUAGGAUUCAGUACUAUGACAUUAUUAAUUCUAACUUCAGAUUAGAAUUAAAGGGAAACUUUUUUUUAAGCUGUGAUACAGAAUUUGUAAAUUUUUGAUGCAUGUUGCAUAUCUGAACCAAAUACAUUUAUAUUGCAUAACUAUUUCUUUUUAUAUAAAUAGGUAAUACAUAACUGAUUAGAGAUAUGCGUCUAAACUAUUUGUAAUACUAGGACAGAGGUUCCCAGACUUCUCGGGCCAUGUAUCACAAUGUACCACAUCAAAUUUCUCAAGUGCCAUUUUCUACCGCAGGUACCAAGAGGUGCAUAUGCAGCCCCUGGCUGCAAUUACUACUACUACUACUACUACUACUACUACUACUACUAGUGUACUACUGAGGUCCAGUGUCAGCAUGUUUUUGUUUGUUUUUAAAUGUAAUUUAUUGAUUUAACCAUGCAAUGCCCCAAGAAAUAUGAGCACGAACAAAUCUCUCUUUCUCUCAUUGACUAUCCCUAGUGUUUCCUUUCCAUCUAUGGGUUGUAACAAUGGGGGAAGUUGAAUUAGCACCCAAAGCUCCAUUUACAACCAUGACAAGCAAGCAGGCUGACUGAGUGUUUUUUCUACACUUGUUUCGCACUGCAGACUGAAUCCCAUUCUAUCAAACGUGUCAGUUCACUCUGGCCCUUCUUGUCUAUUUUGUUUUCUCUCUGCUGCAUUUAGUGAAGCAUAAUCUGCACAGACAGCUGUUUAUAUUACAUAAAGUGGCAUCUGCUGUGACUGCUCAAGAUUCUGAUGUAGGACCUAGAGCUGGGAAAAUCAGUAAAUUCUGACAUAAAAACCAAUGUUAUAAGACUGUAAAUUGUUGUGUAGGGCUGCACGACGGCUUAAAAUAUGAACAAUUUGUCACUCAGAAUUGAGUGGUAUUUUUAUUUCAGAGAAAAAUGUUGUAUUUUUACUACACUACCUGUGCUUGAUAA